GCCUUCGAGCGAAGGGGGCGGAUCCUCCCGUGCCAGACACGCCCCGGUCGGGUUUAUAAUCCGCCGGCUGCCGCUCCUGGAGCUGCGGCACCCCUCGCCCAACGCCGGGACUCGGGACGCACUCCCCGCCCCGGCCGCCCUAAAACUCCGGCCCAACCCGCGCCCGCUUCCUGCCCGUUCGAGCGUUCACACCCACACGCGCGCGCUCACACUCACACACGCGUGCGCUCGUACCCCGACGCGCACCCGCUCGUCCUCACACACGAGCUCACACGCCCACUCCUGCCCGCUACCCUGCGGCCGCGCAGGCACCGCGGGCGAGGGCACCGAGGGGACCCACGGCAUUUCCCAUGGCUGACCUGAGCUUCAUCGAAGAUUCCGUCGCCUUCCCGGAGAAGGAGGAGGAUGAAGAGGAAGAGGAGGAGGGGGUGGAGUGGGGCUACGAAGAAGGUGUUGAGUGGGGCUUGGUGUUUCCUGAUGCUAAUGGGGAAUACCAGUCUCCCAUUAACUUAAACUCAAGAGAAGCUAGAUAUGACCCCUCACUACUGGAUGUCCGCCUCUCCCCAAAUUAUGUGGUCUGCCGAGACUGCGAAGUCACCAACGAUGGACAUACCAUUCAGGUUAUCCUGAAGUCAAAAUCAGUUCUAUCAGGAGGUCCAUUGCCUCAAGGGCAUGAAUUUGAACUGUAUGAAGUUAGAUUUCAUUGGGGGAGAGAAAACCAGCGUGGUUCUGAGCACACAGUUAAUUUCAAAGCUUUUCCCAUGGAGCUCCACCUGAUCCACUGGAACUCCACCCUGUUUGGCAGUAUUGACGAGGCCGUGGGGAAGCCACAUGGCAUUGCCAUCAUCGCCUUGUUUGUCCAGGGGAAGUCCAAAACAAUACCCUGCUUUAAUCCUAACACUUUAUUACCAGAUCCUUUGCUGAGGGAUUACUGGGUGUACGAAGGCUCUCUUACCAUUCCACCUUGCAGCGAAGGUGUUACCUGGAUAUUAUUCCGAUACCCUUUAACUAUAUCCCAGCUGCAGAUCGAAGAAUUUCGAAGGCUGAGGACACAUGUGAAGGGAGCAGAGCUUGUGGAAGGCUGUGAUGGGAUUUUGGGAGACAAUUUUAGACCCACCCAGCCACUUAGUGACAGAGUCAUUAGAGCUGCAUUUCAGUAGCCAAAGAGAAUAGGAACAAGACGGUCUUCACCUGGGUAUGUGCAGAUUAAGUAAGGAAAAUGGGGCUCCCAGUUACAUAAACCUGUCACGCCAGAGUUAUUUUCAUGGUGAUCUGAUAACUUAGCAGUAUGAGUGCACUUUGUUUCGAUAAAAGUGAGGACACAUUCUCAAGCCCUAUUAUUUACGAGUCAGGUGGCCUUAAAAAAUUCAUGCAGUUUUGAAAAAGAACCUCUCAUCCUUGUAUUUUCCCACCAGAGCAGCCUUUAAUUCCCAUUUUGCUCUAAUACUGGCCUUCAUAAGGGGAGGAGCCCCAAGGCAGAGAAGCAGCCCUUCUUUGCUCAAGGUAGAGAGGUAAAGUCCUUUUUAGCGCUUCCUGUGCUGCACCCUUGAAAUGGCAGCAGUCACCUCCUGAUGACUGAGGAUCAUAAAGGGAGCCACUGGAGGGGUAUGUGAGUCUCAGAGCUUGACCCUCGUCUACUGCAGAUUCAAUCCUCUUUAUUGGGGUAGGUGAGGGCAGAUCUGGCAUGCAUUAAAAAAUCUUUGUCCUAUGAAGUGGUUUUAUUUGAUAGAUCAAGAAGCACUAAUUAGGUAUGUGAAUAUGGUACGUUUCUUUAGUGACUGAAAUAUAAUCUAUGCAUUUUAAUAUAUUGGAUUCAGUAUAUGUAUACCUUACCCCCAACAAAAUAAAACAUCACAGACAUGGGAAGGAUUAAAUAUACA